AUGCUCUUCUUCAGCUUCUUCAAGACCCUCAUCGACCAAGAGGUCACCGUGGAGCUCAAAAACGACAUCCAGCUCAAAGGAACGCUGAAAAGCGUGGACCAGUAUCUCAACAUCAAGCUGGACGAUAUCUCGGUGGUGGAGGAGCUCAAGUACCCCCAUCUGAGCUCUGUCAAGAAUGUCUUCAUCCGGGGUUCUGUUGUGCGCUACGUUCAUUUGCCUGCUGCUUCGGUAGAUACCCAGUUGCUGGAGGAUGCGACGAGGAGAGAAGCUGCCACUCACCAAGCCAAAAAAUAG